AUGGAUCGAUUGGAACAACCUAGAGGGCUCGAGAUCAUCCAUGUAAAUCUCCCCGACGUGGCUCUCCAGCUCUGUAAGAGCAUCGCGGACCGCACGAGCCCGGUCAUUCCACUCAACACUGGCCCCUGGAUCUUGGGUCCAUCUAGUGUGCAUUUGCUCAAUCGCUUCAUUGACAAAAACGUGGCCUGUAGCUACCAUUUCACAUCUGAUGUGUACCUUAACACAAACAACUUCCUGCGCAGCGUUCGUAACUUCAAGAUGGACAUUACUCGCACUGACCCCAAUGCUUAUGUCUGUGCCAUCCACUGGCAAGUCGCCCAAGGAACCACACUUGAGAACAUUGACUUCUAUAUGUCUCAAGUAAAUGGAAAUACACAACAGGGUAUAUACAUGGAGAAUGGAAGCGGAGGAUUCAUGGGCAAUCUCACCUUUGUGGGUGGAAACUUCGGGGCCUACCUUGGAAACCAGCAAUUCACUACAAGCGAGUUAGUAUUCGUGAAUUGCAAGACUGCUGUUCAAGUCCACUGGGAUUGGGCGUGGACGAUGCAAGAUGUUGUCAUUGAGUCAUGCGGAACCGGAAUUGUUGUUGUUGGAGGGGCUGGUGGCUCAAUGAGUGAUGGUCAGUCCGUCGGGGCUUAUAUCCUAGUUGAUGCUAUCAUAGCCAACACCGCGACCGGAAUCCUCACAUCCUCAUACCAAGACAACUCUACAGCGGUCCUUCUACAAAAUGUGGGGUUUUUCAAUGUCCAGAAGGCAAUUGUGGCAGACACUCGCACCGAGCCUCUCCUAGCCGGCGGGGAUGAAGUCAUGCUCGACACUUGGGGCUUUGGCCUCUACGCCGACAAUAGUGGGAUGCACUUUGCGCAGCAGACUCAACUGCCAUCUCUUAAUCGCAAGAGGUCAUUAACGGGCAGCAAGUCCUAUGUUGAUGGAACCUUCAAUUUCUUCACUAGGCGCCGUCCGCAGUAUUACGAUCUUGGUGGUGGGCAGGUAUUUGAUGUGAAGGCCUACGGUGCAAAGGGCGACGGUGUCACAGAUGACACGGCGGCUUUGAACAGCGUUCUGUCAUAUGCAGCGAAUAUGUCUGCGAUUGUUCAUAUUCCGUAUGGUGUUUAUGUGAUCAAGGAUACUGUUCAUGUACCUCUCGGAUCCCGAAUCAUUGGUCAAGCCUGGCCGCAAAUAAUGGCAAUGGGUAUCAAAUUUGAGAACAUGGAGAGUCCCCAUGUGGCUGUUCAGGUUGGAAACGAGGGGGAUAUUGGACUGGGGCUGUUCUUAUGGAAUGGAAUGUUCAUGAAUCCAGUCAAGGUUCCGCCGGACUUUGGGGAUUCCCAUUUCCGGGUUGGUGGCGCUAUCGGAUCCCAGCUUCAAGCAAAUAAGUGCCCUAAGAAGGCUUCGUCGCUUCACAAAGACUGUGUUGCUGGGUCACUCAUGCUUCGCAUUACUAAACAGGCUUCGGCCUAUAUGGAGAAUAUUUGGGCAUGGGUCGCAGGUCACGAUAUGGACAUAAAGUCGCAGGAUCAAGUUGACGUCUACGUGGCGCGAGGUAUUCUCGUGGAGAGCCAAGGUCCCACGUGGAUGUAUGGUACAGCGUCUGAGCAUAGUGUGUUAUAUCAGUAUCAGAUAUCUGGAGCUAAGGACUUGGUUAUGGGGAUGAUUCAAACAGAGUCUCCUUAUUUCCAGCCUAGUCCUCCAAUGCCGGAGCCUUUCACCCUUGGAAGAUUCCCGAAUGAUCCCGUGGAUGUUGAUUGUGAAACAUGCACAUCCUCCUGGGCAGUGAGAAUAGUGGACUCGGAAUCUAUAUCCAUUCUGGGGGCAGGAAUCUACAGUUGGUUCCGGUCAUACUCCCAGGACUGCUUGAAAACAAACAAUUGUCAAGAAAAGGCUUUCUAUGUUGAGCAAAGUAGUGGAAUCUGGCUGGUUAAUCUUGUGACAAAAGCAAUUGUUCAAUCCAUCAGCCCUCUUGGUGAAACAGCGAUUUGGUCCAAAGAUUCGAGAAACGGAUAUACCUCGUCGUUGCUUGGCUGGUUCCGCGCGGAGGAAAGUGUCAUCGGCAGGCGAAACUUCACCGGAUUCUACUUGUAUGAGGAUCAGUAUGAUGGGAAUUUCCUGAACACGCUUCCAUCAUCUUGCCAAUCUGCGCUCACGCAGGUGGUUGACUGUCCUGAUAAGAUUCAAGGGUUCCAAGUUGCUAAUUGGCAAGGUGGGUUUGAGAAUGAUACACUCAGUAAGCAGGUGUGCUCCGCUGAAUGCGAAGUCUCUAUCAAGUCAUGGUUCAGCCAUGUCACCGAAAACUGCGCAGGUGUAAAUCAGACCUCCUUCCCCUUUAAUUCUAGGGGAGGUAGGCUCUGGGCAUCAUGGAAUCAAACUUGUGUUCAAGAUCCUGCUACUGGGAAAUAUUGCGGUGAUGUCUUGAACAAACAAACUUCCUGGGACGAAUCAACUGAUGAGCUUUGCUCGUUCUGUAGAGUGGACCGUUACAAAAAGAUGCAAUCCACUCCAUACUCCUACUACAGUGAAACCUGGAAAUUGCAACUGGAAAAUAUCAACUCCAAGUGCGGACUCAAUGUGCCUACUAAUAUCCCGGAUCCUUUGACACCUACCAUUGAUCCCUAUGAGCCCACCACGGAAUUCUGUCCCUCUGAUGUGACUUAUACGUCCGUGAAAGGAGACACCUGCGACUCAAUUUCUCGGGCUCACCAAGUUGCGUCUGCUGCUCUGUUCAUGGGCAACGUCAAUUUGAAGAACUGCAACAAUAUUCCCUCGGGAACAAAACUUUGCAUCCCAUUCCAGUGCAGCCAUAUCUAUAAUCUCCAGUCAAACGACACCUGCAGCUCCAUUGAAAUAACGCAGAAUGUCGGGUACCAAGAUGGUCUUACUCUAAAGAAGUACAAUCCGUGGCUUAACAACCAGUGUAAAAACCUGCAUAUGAACAGUGAUGUGGCUUACGGGCAUGUCAUUUGUCUCGGUCCGCAGGCUGGAAAUUCAACGGGAGACGCUCCAGAUACAGACACCACGACGCCGGACUACAGCGAUGGCUACGCCAUUCCAGAAAUUCCUCCGCCCGACAAUGUACCCGUUGCUAAUGAAACAACUCUGCGGUGUGGAAUCGAUACCUUGGAGUCUAUUCCUGGAGGUCAAUCCAUCGUUGAGUGCAGAGAGUUGCAACUCUAA